GAACCGCGUUUACUUACUCUACAUCUAAACAUGUCUGGUCGUGGCAAAGGAGGCAAAGUAAAGGGAAAGUCAAAGACCCGUUCCAGCAGGGCCGGACUUCAAUUCCCCGUCGGUCGUAUCCAUCGAAUGCUCCGCAAGGGCUCAUACGCUGAACGCGUUGGUGCCGGUGCCCCCGUCUACUUGGCUGCCGUCAUGGAGUACUUGGCCGCUGAGGUUCUCGAGUUAGCCGGUAACGCCGCCCGUGACAACAAGAAGACCCGUAUCAUCCCUCGUCACUUACAAUUGGCUAUCCGCAACGACGAAGAGUUGAACAAACUUCUCUCCGGUGUUACAAUUGCCCAGGGUGGUGUGUUGCCUAAUAUCCAGGCCGUUCUCUUGCCCAAGAAGACCGACAAACCCGCCAAGGCUUAAACUUCUCCCGUCUUUAAACAAACGGCCCUUUUCAGGGCCACCAA